CAGCAGAAAUCCAGUCACGCGCAAGGUUGAGGCAGCACAGUAGUAUUAGGAAGUCACUCGAAACACUUGCAUAUAUGGCAGAAAAUUCUUGAUACGUUUCGGGAAACCUUCGGCACUUCAGAUCGCUCCAUUUCAUUGGUGAAAAUGUCUGAAAACAUUAGUAUUUGUCAAGAUGGAAAGGGUAAACUCAGUCGGGUUAUUCGCAUGGGAACAAGGAAGAGCCAGCUGGCUCGCAUCCAGACGGACAGUGUGGCCAGCAGACUGAAAGAGAUUUAUCCUGAUGUUCUUCUUGAGAUAGUUGCCAUGUCCACAAUUGGGGACAAAAUCUUGGACACUGCAUUAUCAAAGAUUGGCGAAAAGAGCCUCUUCACCAAGGAGCUGGAGAAUGCCCUUGAGAGAAAUGAGGUGGAUAUUGUGGUGCACUCUCUUAAGGACUUACCUACCUCAUUGCCUCCUGGAUUCACAAUCGGAGCCAUUCUUCAGCGUGAAAACCCCCAUGAUGCAGUGGUGCUUCAUCCAAAGAAUGCAGGGCUUACCUUGGAUAGCUUGCCAGAGAAGAGUGUGAUUGGCACAAGUUCGCUUCGCCGAGCAGCUCAGCUGAAGAAAAGGUUCCCUCAACUGGAGUUUGAAAAUAUUAGGGGGAACCUAAACACCCGUCUUAAGAAGCUGGAUGAAAAGGAAGACUAUGCUGCCAUUAUUCUGGCUGCCGCAGGCCUCAAACGCAUGGGAUGGGAAACCCGAAUCAGUCAGAUUCUGGGUCCUGAAGAUUGCAUGUAUGCUGUUGGCCAAGGAGCAUUGGCAGUGGAAGUCAGAGCACAAGAUAAAGACAUUUUGAAAAUGGUAUCUGUCCUGACUCAUUCAGACACCAUGCUGCGCUGCAUCUCAGAGAGAGCCUUUCUCAAGCAGCUGGAAGGAGGCUGCAGUGUGCCUGUUGCUGUUCAUACAGAAUUGAAUGGCUCCAUGUUGUAUUUGACUGGGGCAGUUUUUAGUUUGGAUGGCUCUGAGUGCUUGAAGAAUUCUGUGGAGAUAUGUGUGGAAAUAGACAACAAAGUGAACGAGAGCGCACAGGAAUGUGUACACGUUGGAGUCACUGCCAACAACGUAUCUUCUGUCGCACUUGAAGCUGCUGAGAAACUAGGGGUAGACCUGGCAAAUUUACUCCUUGAUAAGGGGGCCAAAGAAAUUCUUACAACAGCCAGAAAACUAAAUGAUGCUCAAUAACAUUUUUGUGUGCUGGAGUGUCUGAACUCGGUUUAGGAACUCUUGCCCAUAUAGUGUUAACUUGAAAAUGUUGUACACUUAACAGUGUGCACUGUAGCCAAGUCCUAGGGUUCUGAAAACAACAGUUUGAGAGAAUAUAUCAGUUUAUAUAAAUAUAUACUAUAUACACACAUAUAUACACCGUAUAUUAGUAAGUCACUUCUGUGCAUGUUUAUAACUGUGAUGACACCAGUCAUCUUCCUCAUCUGCCUCAUGCUCAAAUGUUGCAUAAUGUAUGCUGAUAAACUUGCACUUAUAUUUUCAGGUGGUGCUAGUUCUUGAAAGAUAAAAACUGUUUACAAGUUUUACAAUGUGAAGCAUUACUGUACUUCCCACAAAAUAUGAUCAUCUGUAAAUCAUCCAUGUUUUAAUAUCUGGUGCAUUUGGUUUUAUGGAAAACUGGAAUAUGACUACUGAUUUUCUAUUUUUUUAACGUUUUGAGAAUUGUCUACACAACAUGCAAAAUCCUUACUGCUAAAUAAGUCUGAAGGACUUGUAUAACUAGUGUUCUGCGGAUUGUGUGUAUAAAUAUAUCUGAUUAACCGUGUGUCAAGACCAGCAACUUCAUGUACUCCGUAACAUCUGAGGGAUUUGUUAAUAAAAAGUGACCAAAACCAA